GAACACAUUUUUCGUCGGGAUCACUUUCACUGGCAUCAAGAAGCUUUGAACACUGGCCAGUACUGGCGCCAGACUAAUUACUGUUCCAUGCGGAGACAGCUUUCUAAAGUCUGUUUUUCUGCCAACCUCCAAAUCAAUUCCCUACGUCGACUCGUUCAUACAUCUCCCCGCUGCUCCUCCGCAAUAACCCUUCCGCUUCAUAUUGUCCAUGAUGCGUAUUCCGGCGCAAGCACUACCACUGCUUCACAAGGGAGUUCCAAGGAUUUUGUCAAGCAGGAAAAGCUUUCUGCUCUUAUGGAUGUCCUCUCGCGCGAGACACGGAGUUAUUCGAGCGUAUGGUCAUGCUAUGUCGAUUUCAUGAGCUACGCAGGCUACGAUAUACUUCCUCUCGAAGUUCAUCAAGCGGUUCUUCGCCAUUGCGUCCCAAGCUCAGCAGUCCUGAGGUCUUGGACAGCGCGUCGCAUGCAAGCAGGCCAAGCCCCUCGCGUCCCUCACCUUUAUGAGACCCGCCUUAAGAACGUCAUGCGUAAUAUCCGAGCUGCAGGCGCAGAAGCCACUCUUCAGGACUAUCAUGUCAUUUUGGAGCAGUUCGCUGCCGUCGGUCACUAUACCGGUGCAAUGCAAGUAUUCACCGAGCUCACGCACGUCUGCAAACUGGAACCUACGUCGAAAACAUUUGGUCUAUGCCUCAAGGCAAUCGCACACCGCUUGUCUCUGCCAAUAUAUAAGACGCAGCGUGCGGACUUAGUUGCUGACGCGAGCAAGCUUUGCCGGAAGUUGCUCAAGGACAUGUCAGCUCGGGAUAUCCCUUCCACGCAUUUCAACCUUGACUUGGUGAUGCGUAUCUUGAAGGAGGUUCUAGAUCAGGAGGGUUUCUAUCAGCUCAUGAAAUUGGGCUAUGGUAUAGACCUGGAUUAUCCAGACCACCCUCCAUUACAAGGCUCCAGUACCCUGUCACCUUUUUCUACCACCGCUCUCAAUACCACCCUUGACAUGCUCGGCCGUCUCGGCAAUGUAGCCAAGCUCGUCCAAACUUUCGAGGUCCUCACCCAACCCCUUCCCCCACAAGCCAGCCGACACUAUUCCCAAGAGUUUGAUGAUGAAGAUGACUUCGGAAUCGCAAACCCCGCAUCAACCGAACCACACCGGACUCCCUACGCCCAACCCAAUACCACUUCAUACAAUCUCUUGCUGAAGCAUAUAUCGCGCGCAGGUCACGCUACCUUUGCACGACAUUACCUCUACCAAGCUGUGCGCCUCGAUCGCCAGGUCGACCGUCUUCUACGGAGUCAGCUGUAUCGUGACCCCCAUAGGACACCUGCGCCGCACUUCGCUUUGAAUCGGGGCACUAUCAUAUCUGUCUUUGGAGAGGCUAACAGAGACAAGAAUAUGGAGCUGAUGCGAUGGGUCGGAUGGGUAGCGAGGCAGACCAUACGGAGGAAGAAAAAUGAUAUUGCAUGGUACUCUGAGCUACGCGACAGCCUCCCACCUCCUUCACAACCGGCUUCCUCUAGUUCUCGCAGUGCCCCGCCAGCAGACGUCUCAACAGCUCUGGACGUUGAUCUCGAUUCCCCUUCCACGCCCCCAGAUUCUCGUCCACCGGAGAAACUCUUUGAUAUAUACCUUCACCUAGAGAUCCUCCAGAAAAAUCUAGACGAACUCGUGACAUGGUAUGAGAACCACUAUGAAGUCGCGCUCGUCCGGGCGACACAGCGAGUGAAGGAGCGACUUGGCAGGCGGGUGUGGGCUGGGAAGAAUAUUUAUUUGCUCAGCGAGAAUGCUCGGUUGACGGUGCCAAGGAACGCAUGGACGAGGAUAGUGAACUUCAAAGCAGGAAAGACAAGGGCUUCAGGGGAACAGGGUGGUCGGGUUUUGCGGAACGGAUGGGUUGCAGGAUAUAAAGGGCUCAGAGCGCCCAGGCCCCAGCCCCUGCAGUUCUUCGACCCGUCAUCGAUAGGCUGAUCCGACCAAGUUCUAAACCCGAUGCCGCCAUUUGUUCGUUGUAUAC